AUGGAGAAAUCAACACCGCCAAUAAAUCAAUGGCGAGAAGGGGGCUCUCUGAGCUCUGCGCCUCUAUCCUCGUUUGUCAACAGCAAGGAUGCGUUGACCGCUUAUCGUGAUGACGAGAAAGAGAUGCAGCAUCAGAGCAAUGCUAGCCAGUAUAUCCCGCCUUUUUGGUCUCGAAGGCGCAGUUGGUUGAAUUUGCGGGCGAUCUCCAGAUAUGUCAUGAUAAUUAUUGCAUUGGGUUAUCUUGUUACUCGCAUUGCUAUGAUAAUAAUAUCAGCCAUGACAGAUAUAUCACCCAAGGAUGAUUCUAUACCAGUGACUGCGCUUGAGCUCUGUACUGCUCCCGAGUGUGUCCAUGCUGCGUCCGAGAUCCUGUACAAUCUGGAUCCUAAUUACCAAAACCUCGAUCCAUGUACCGAUUUCGAACAGUAUGUCUGUGGGGGCUGGAGGGACCGCCACGACAUGCGUCCCGACCAGGGGUCGAUCUUCGCUGGUACCAUCAUGGAGGAGAAUGCCCAGAUGCGCUUGCGUCACAUCUUGGAGUCUCCUCAAGUACCUGGGGUCCCAGCGUCGGCCGACAAGGACAAUUUCCAAAAACUGAAGGCCGCCUACGAUGCUUGUAUAGAUGUUCCCGCACUGAAAAAGAGGGGCUCGAAGCCUUUGGAGGAUAUGCUGGCCCAGAUCGAGAGGGUCUAUCCUCUAGGUCACGGUAGCUCGCGUGAAAAGCUGACCGAUGCGAUAUUGUAUCUGAUCAACAUUGAUGUGCGAGCACUGACUGCCUUCUCCAUAUCUCCCGACGAUCGUGACCCCGAUUCUGUGGCGAUAUUUGUCACCCCUCCACGGGAGAUCGGACUCCCGACAAGAGAAUAUUACAACAAUUCGAAGACGGUUGAAGACUAUACAAGUGUUGUACAACAGGUUCUCGGGAACUUUGAAUCUUCUUUGUCGUCACACGGAACUUCUGGGUAUCGAAGACUCGCUAAGAAUCUCGUGCUCUUCGAGACGAAACUGGCGAAUGCGACCCCAGACACGCAAGCACAAGAAGAUGUGACCAAGUACUAUAACCCCCGGAGCCUUGAGGAGACUCAGUCGCUCGUGCCAGAAAUCUCUUUCGUCGACAUCAUCUCGACCCUGGGUCCGAAGGACUUUAAAGCGGACCGCCUCAUCGUUGGGUCUCCAUCGUACAUGAAAGAUCUUUCGGCAAUAUUGAACGAAACGCCAAGGGAGAUCGUUCAGGCGUUCUUGAAGUGGAAGGCGAUCCAGGCGUAUUACUCUACUAUCGAGGACCCAAAGAUAGCCCCUCUACGGGAGUUUGACAACCAACUGGCGGGCAAAGAUCCUCAGGCGACCGAGGAGAGAUGGCGCAAGUGCAUCGGGGUGCUGGACGAGGGCAUUGGAUGGAUUUUGAGCCGAUUCUACGUGCUCGACGCCUUCCCCGAGAAAUCCAAGAAGCUGGGAGAUCAAAUCGUGUCGGAUAUCAAGGAGCGCUUCCUCUACGUUUUGGACCAGACCAAAUGGAUGACCGCGGAGGUGAGAAAUCUUGGUAAAGAGAAAGUGGCAAACAUUAUCCAGAAGAUCGGCUAUCCCACCAAGAGCCCCAAUCUGAUGGAUGCGGGGGACGUGAAGAAUUAUUACCGGGACCUGAAGGUCUCCAACGAGACGUUCUUUGAGAACACGCUGGCCAUGGCUCAAUUCCGGGUCAAGCAGCAAUGGUCGCAGUUGGGCAAGCCGACUAACCGUGACGAAUGGGGCAUGACUGCGUCGACCGUCAAUGCGUACUACAACCCGCCAGGGAAUGAGAUUGUCUUUCCUGCCGGGAUCAUGCAGGCUCCCACUUUCUAUGGGCCGAAGGCACCGUUAUAUCUUGCGUAUGGAGCCUUUGGUGCGAUAAGCGGCCAUGAACUCUCGCAUGCUUUUGAUUCGACCGGCAGACAUUAUGAUCAGACAGGCAAUUAUACGAAUUGGUGGGAUGACAACACGGUCGAAGCGUUCGAAGAACGGGCCCAGUGUUUUGUCGACCAAUACUCGAAUUUCACCGUUCCGGGACCUGAACCUGACUCGGAGCCUCUUCAUGUGAACGGACGUCUUACGUUGGGCGAGAACAUUGCUGACGCGGGCGGUCUGUCGGCGGCGUUCCAUGCGUGGAAGAAGCGUGAUGAAGCGUCCCCGGAUCCGCUCCUGCCAGGGCUGGACCACUUUACCAAGGAGCAGCUUUUCUUUAUCGCGUAUUCGAAUUGGUGGUGUAGCAAGACUACCAAGGAGGCGGCCAUCCGUGCGAUCUAUGAAGAUCCGCAUGCCCCCAAACCGGCCCGCAUUCAGGGAACAUUGGCCAAUUCACGCGAGUUCAAGGACGCGUUCCAGUGCGCAGACCGGCAGCCGACAUGCAAGUUGUGGUGA